GAUGGUAUUGAGAUUCCUUAAUUUGGCAAACAAUAAUCUAUCUGGGAGAAUACCUGAAUCUUUUGGAAGAAUUUGUCGGAAAGAUAAUUAUGUCACGUCGUUGCAUUUCCAGAACAAUAGUUUUAUUGGAGAACUGCCUGUGGCACUGAUGAACUGCUCUUCACUGAUUAUAAUAGAUUUUGGAGAAAACAAACUCUUUGGGAGGAUACCAACAUGGAUAGGCACAAGCCUAAAAGAUCUGGUGGUUCUUCGUCUCCCAUCAAACAUGUUUGUUGGUAGCAUACCAUUAGAGUUAUGUCAACUAACAUCUCUACAAAUCUUGGACCUCUCUAACAAUAGUAUUUCAGGGACUAUACCUCGGUGCCUUAAAAACUUUACUGCCAUGUCUCAAAAACAAGAAAGUUCUGUUUUUCAAGGUUAUAUUUCGAAAGUUCUGUCCAAUUAUAUUUCUGUACCCAAGUAUUUAACAAUUUCUCUGUAUUCCUACUUUGAGAAUGCAUUUGUGAAUACAAAAGGAUUGCAUCUUGAUUACGAUAAAAUUCUUGGACUAGUGAAAGUCAUCGAUCUUUCAAGUAAUAAAUUGAAAGGAGAAAUUCCAAGAGAAAUAACAAGUCUCGUGGAAUUGAUUGGGUUGAAUCUAUCUAGAAACUUGCUGACUGGCAUCAUCCCUUGGAGCAUUGGUGACCUGAAGGAAUUAGAUUCUUUAGACUUGUCAAGCAAUCACCUUUCAAGUGUAAUUCCCCCAAGCCUUGCUACUUUGAGCUUUUUAGGCUAUUUGAAUUUGUCAGACAACAACUUGUCAGGUAAAAUUCCAACAGGUACCCAGCUCCAAAGCUUCGGUGCUUCUUCAUAUGCAGGUAAUAAAGAUCUAUGUGGCUUGCCUCUUAUGAAGAAGUGUUUGGGAGAUGAAACACCUCAAGGUCCUCAAAUUGGAAACACGCAUAGAGAAGGCAAUAUUCAAGAACAUACAAACUCUCACGAACAUUUAUGGUUUUAUGCAAGCAUUGUAGUCGGGUUCAUUGUUGGAUUUUGGGGAGUUUGUGGAACGUUAGCGCUGAAGAGUUCUUGGAGGCAUGCCUAUUUCCAGUUUCUGGACAGAAUGGGAGACAAGCUCUACGUUACAAUAACUAUCAACAUGGCCAAAGUGUUGAGGAACUUCAAGACUCACUGCUAAGUAGAGGACCAAGAUGAGGCCACAUCAGCCUAAUCCAAGAUGAAUGGUCAAUUGGUGAUUGAAGGAGAGGAUAAGCAACAUUCAACUAAGCAAGAGGCAGAGGAAUCCAAGGGACGUGAUGCAUGCAGAGCAAGUUUUUGAUCUUAAUUGUUCUUGUGUUCUUUUUUCUUUGCUUGUUAUGUUUCUAUCUUUAUCUGUUAUCGAUCGCUAGCUUGUAUUAUCUUAGCUUAUUUCAUAAUUAGUUGCUUAGUCGUGGAUGUUAGCAAUAAUAAAAGUGGAAAAUGUGUGAGAAAUAUAAUGAUUAAGCUUGUCUUCAGCU